UAUUUAUAUAUUUUACUAGAUUAGUUAAUAAUCAAAUAUUUUAUUUUAGAUUAAUUCAUUAUUAUUAUUUUAAUUUUAAAAUUUUUUUUUUUAUUUUAUUUUUAUUUAUAUUCUAUUAUUAUAAUAAUUAUUUAUAUAUUAAUUAUUUUGAAAUUUUUAGUUUUUUAAAUUUUCAAAAUCAGGAUUUUAUUUUAUAUAAAAAUUUAAUAAUAGAUUAUUCUUUAAGUUUAAAUAUUUAUGUUGUUAUUUAUUUAUUUUUUACAAUAGUGUGUUCAGUAUUAAUUUGUUUAAAAGUAAUAGUUCCUUUACGUCAAAUUUUAAAAUAUUAAAUGAAUAAAUCAAUUUUAAAAUCUAAUAAAAUUUUAGAAAUUUUGGAUAAUUCAUUAAUUAAACUCCCCUCCCCAGUAAAUAUUAGAUUAUGAUGAAAUUUUGGAUCAUUAUUAGGUUUAUGUUUAUUAAUUCAAAUUAUUUCUGGGUUAUUUUUAUCUAUACAUUAUACUGCACAUAUUGAAUAUUCAUUUUUUAGAAUUAUUCAUAUUAUUCAAGAUGUAAAUAAUGGGUGGUUAAUACGUUUAAUUCAUAUUAAUGGGGCAUCAUUUUUUUUUAUUUGUGUUUAUAUACAUAUUGGGCGUGGGUUAUAUUAUGGUUCAUAUAAAUUUGUAAAAACAUGAAUAGUAGGGGUUUUAAUUUUAUUAAUUAUAAUAGGAACUGCUUUUUUAGGGUAUGUAUUACCUUGAGGUCAAAUAUCAUUUUGAGGGGCUACUGUUAUUACAAAUUUAAUAUCAGCAUUACCCUAUGUUGGUUCAAUAUUUGUAGAAUGAUUAUGAGGUGGGUUUUCUAUUAAUAAUGCUACUUUAAAUCGAUUUUAUACUUUACAUUUUUUAUUACCUUUUAUUUUAUUAAUAAUUGUUAUUAUUCAUUUAAUGUUUUUACAUGAAACUGGGUCUAAUAAUCCUUUAGGGGUAUCUAGAGAUAAUUAUAAAAUUAUUUUUCAUAGAUAUUAUACUUAUAAAGAUUUAUUAGGAUUUAUAUAUUUUAUUAUAUUUUUUAUAUUUAUUAUUUAUGAAAUACCUUAUUUUUUAGGAGACCCAGAAAAUUUUAUUAUAGCAAACUCUUUAGUUACUCCGGUUCAUAUCCAGCCAGAGUGAUAUUUUUUAUUUGCUUAUACUAUUUUACGUUCUAUUCCAAAUAAAUUGAGGGGGGUUAUUGCUUUAUUAAUGUCUAUUUUAAUUUUAUUAAUUUUACCAUUUUUACAUAAAAAUAUAUGUUUUUUAGGUUUAGCUUUCUACCCAUUUAGACAAGCUUAUUUUUGGAUAUUUGUUAAUUGUGUAAUUUUAUUAACUUGAUUAGGUAGUCAAUCUGUUGAGCAACCAUUUAUUGAUUUGGGUAUGAGAGCUACAAAUUUUUAUUUUACUUUUUAUUUGUGUGAUUAUUUUAAUUUACUUUUAUGAGAUAAAUUUGUAAAAAAUUAGAUAAUGAACUUGAAUAAGUAUAUAUUUUGAAAAUAUAAUAUAGAAAUAAAAUUUCUAUUAUCUUAUACUUUAAAAAAUUAUUAAUUCUAUGGUAAGUUUUAUCAAUAAAUAUAAACAAAAUAAAAUUAAAAUUAAAGGUAAUAUAAAAAUUCAACAAAAAUAUAUCAAUAAAUCAUAACGAAUACGUGGUAAUGUUAAUCGAGAUCAAACAAUAAAAUAAAUAAAUAAAAUUAAAAUAAAAUAAAAAUUUAAUAUUAAUAAAUUAUUACAAAGAUAUAUUAAAUUAAAUAAAAAUAUUAAAAAUAUAAUUCUAGUAUAUUCUGAUAUAAAAAUUAUAGCAAACCCAUGUCUUCUAUAUUCAAUAUUAAAUCCAGAUACUAAUUCUGAUUCUCCUUCUGAUAAAUCAAAAGGAGUUCGAUUUAAUUCUGCCAAUAUUCUUAAUAUUAUAAUUAUUCUAGAGGGUCACAUAAAAAAAAUUAUUCACAAAUAUUUUUGUAAGAUUGGGGUAUUUAUAAUAUUUAAUGAAUUUAUUAUAAAUAAAUUUAAUAAUAAUGAGAUAGAUAAAGUAAUUUCAUAGGAAAUUGAUUGGGCGAUAGAUCGAAUUGACCCUAAUAUAGAAAAAUGUGAAUUUGAAGAUCAUCCAGAUAUUAUUAACCCAUAAACUCCUAUACUUAAUAAACAUAAAAUAAAUAAACUUCUUAGGUUUCAUUUAAAUAAAUUUGUUUGGAAAGGGUAAAUCAUUCAUAUAGAAAAAAUUAAAAUAAAUAUAAUAAAAGGAGCGACAAAAAAAAAAUUAAAAUUAGAUUUUUUUGGGUAGAAAAAUUCUUUUGUUAAAAGUUUUAUUACAUCACUAAAUGGUUGAAGUAAUCCUCAUAUACUAAUUUUAUUAGGUCCUUUACGGUAAUGAGUAUAUCCUAAAAUUUUACGUUCAAAAAGAGUUAAAAAAGCUACUCCAAUUAAAAUAAAAAUAGUUACUAUAAAUAAUGUUAUAAUAUUGUUUACAUAAUAAAAUGUGAAUUGUUUAAUAUAUUACUUGUAAUUUAUUUACUUAAAUAAAUUCUAAAUUUAUUACAUGGUGUCUGUCAAAGUAAUUUUAGUUUAUUAAUUAUUUUUUAAUAAUUAUUAUUUAUAUAAAUUCCUUUCGUACAAUUAAAUAAUUUUAUAAAAAGAUAGAAUCUGAUCUGGCUUACGCCGAUCUUAACUCAAAUCAUGUAAGAUUUUAAAAGUCGAACAGACUUAAAUUUAUAAAAUUUUUCAUUUAUUUUUUAUCUUAAUUCAACAUCGAGGUCAUAAUCUUUUUUAUUAAUAAGAUCUUUAAAAAAAAAUUAUGCUGUUAUCCCUAAGGUAAUUAAUUUUAUUAGUUUAAAUUUUAAGAUUUUUUUUCAAUAAUUAUUGUUUAUUUUAAAAAAAAUUUGUUAAAUUUUUUUAUUACCCCAAUAAAAUUUAUUUAAAAAUUAUUUUAGAUUAAAUUUAAUUUUUUAAUAAAUAAAAUUCUAUAGGGUCUUGUCGUCUUUUUUAUAAAUUUAAGUUUUUUUACUUAAAUAAAAAUUUAAAAUUAUUUUAUUUAUAAAGUUUAUACCUCAUGAAAUCGUUCAUUCAAGGUUUUAAUUAGAAACCAAAUUAUUAUGCUACCUUUGUACAGUUAUUGAUUCUGCAGCCAUUUAAUUAAUAAUCAUUGGGCAGAUUUGAUUUAAAAUUAAUAUUCUUUAAAAUAUGUUUUUGUUAAACAGAUGGGCAUAUUAUUGCUUAAUUCAUUAAUUAAAUAUUUAAUUAAUAUAAAUUAUUAUAUUUAAAUAAUUAUUUACUAAUUAAAUUAUAAUUUUUUAUAUUAUAUUAUUUUAUAUAAUAAUUUAAUAUAAAAUUAAAUGUAAAAAAAAAUUUUUUUAGAAAAAUUAUAAAUUAUUAUAUUUUUAUAAUUAUUAAUUAUUUUUAUUUUUAUAAUUAUUAAAAUUUUAAUAAGUAUUUUAAAAUUAAAUUUAAAGUUUAUCCCUUAAAUUUUUUUUAUAAAUUUUAUUUUAAAUUUUAGAAUUAAUUUAAAUUUUUAUUUAUAAUUAAAUUAAAUUUUUUUAUUAAAUAACUAGAUAUAAUAAAAAUUGUUUAAUAUUUAGUUUCUAAAUAAAUAUUUUUAAUAAUAUUGUUAUAUUAAUUUAUAUAUUUAUUUAAAUUUUUUUAUUUCGAGAUUUAAAAUUAUAAUUUAAAAUUUUAAAUUUAUACUGAUACAAAAGUAAAAAAAAAUUAAUUUUUCUUUUUUUUUUUUAAUGAAGAGUUUUAAAAAUUUUUAUUAAAUUAAUUAUUUAAUUUAUUUUUAUUUAACAAAUUUUUUAAAAAUAAUUUUUUUUAAAAUAAGAUUUUUUUUAAAUAAUAAUUUUAUUUAUUAAAUUAAA